UCGCUGGAAUCACGGAGCAGGAGUCCUCUCUCUCUCUCUCCAGAGGGAGCAGGAGGAGGAACCGAGAGAGAGAGAGAGAGAGAGAGAGAGAGAGAGAGAGGCGGAAGAGCAGAGCAAGCACCAAGCAGCAGAGCGCGACGCGACAGGGGGCAGGGAGCCCAGGAGGCCUCGCGAGUCCCGAGGCGAUCGUCGGAGUCCCCCAGCCGCAAUUCGUCCCCGCAAAAGGUUUCUCUUUGCAGGGAUAUGAACAACACAACUUUGGGUUUUAACGAAGCUAGAGGAUAGUUUGGGGUAAGCAUUUCAUUCAGGACACAAUGGGUGCAUGCUGCUGCUGUUCAUCAAGGGCGUCUGAGUCAGAUAGAGCACCAGUGCAUAUCUAUCAUCGACAAAAUCCUGAGGAAUAUGAACCCUUGUCUUCAGCUGUUAGUGGACCAUCUCCAACUCCUGCUGUAGUUGCAGUUGACACAAAUCUUGAUACAUCCUCUCUUGACACUUACCGAGCACCACCUGCACCUUUGCCUUAUGAUGUUUGCUUCGCAGUUGCACAAAAUCCUGAUUCAUGUGCAGAUUUGGAGAAGUCAGACAUUAAAAUGAAAACUGACGGGCAGCAGCCCCCAAAAGUGGAUGAAUUUGAGUCAUGCGAAAAAGUUGCCCCUGAGGAUAAGGCUGAUGAGGAGGAUGUUUGUCCAAUCUGUCUUGAAGAAUAUGAUGAAGAAAAUCCCCGUUCGGUGACCAGAUGCGAGCAUCAUUUCCAUCUCUGCUGCAUACUUGAAUGGAUGGAGAGGAGCGAGACAUGCCCAGUUUGUGACCAGGUAACUCUGAUAGAUGAGAUGUACGCAUAACAUUGUUGACCGUGGUGGAUCCAUUCUUGGUGGCCCUGCAGCGGCAGUGCCCGUCGAGUUGGCUUGACGCUAGUAUUCUUUUGGUGGUGGGAAGUACAAGCAGGAACUACUCUGCUCUUUGAUUUUGUUCAAUUCUGUCUGAUCUGGUGGAGAUGCUAGUAAGUAGGUUGAGUUUUGGUAAAAAAUAAUUUAUAGAAGAAAAAAAAUGACAUGAAAAUGUGCUAGAGUCGUCUGUGGUAAAGGUUCAAACCCCGAGAUUUGCUCCCUGGUUUCCUCUUGCUUGGUUUGUUCUGAAUUUGCGUUGUGCGUGUGUUGUUCGUUUUUGGAUCCGGUUUCUCAGAGUCAGUGUGUGUGGAACUGUGGAUUAUCGAUCAUGCGCUGGGUAAGUGACAGGGAGAUGCUGAUUCUAGCAUAAGGAAGGUUCAUCUGUACAGUACAGUUAGUCCGAAAUGGUGACAGGUACAAAGCAGGUUCUAGGCUUGUAGCAUAUGUAUGGUUCCUUUGAGCAAUCCAAGCUGCUCGAGCUUCUUGUAUGGUA